AUGUCUUCUGUGAUUGUUUCCAACGUUCCAAAAUCUGUCUCUGCUAACAAAGUGGAGGAAUUCUUUGCCUUCUGUGGCUCCAUCAGCUUUGUCAAUGAGGUUGGCAAGACUUCGAACGGCUUGAACAGCUUCCAGGUGGUUUUCACUUCCGAGAAGGCCCUUGACACUGCAUUGUUGUUGAACGAUGCCGAAUUGGAUGGUCAGCCCAUUACGGUGACCGAGGAGAAGUUGCCCGAGUACGGAGACGCUCCAAAGAAGAAGGUUGACGACUUCAAGGUGCAGAGCGAGUCUACUAAGACCGGCGACAACCACUAUGAUGAUAUUUCACAAGAGGAGAAGCCCAAGCUGGCCAUUUUAGCCCAACUUUUAGCGUCAGGAUACCAAUUGUCGGACGAAUUGAUUGACAGGGCCAUCACCAUAGAUAAGGAGCAGGGAAUCUCCAACAAAUUCAAGACCUUCUUGUCAGACUUGGACUCCAAGUACUUACACACGCAGGAUCCCGAUUCCAACACGUCUAAGAAUAUCAACAAGGCCCAAUACCUGUUGAACUCGUUUGCUUCGUCUGUUGCUAAGCUGCCUUACCUGCAAAAGUUGCAACACUACUUUGACAAGGCAUCUGCUCACCCUUACGGAAUCAAGAUUAGCCAGUUCUACGAGCAGGUUGCACGUGAAGUGAAGGAUGUCCAUGCAGAGGCCACUCGUUUGUAUAACUUGAAGAAGGCUGAUGGAGAAGGUCAGCCUCUCUCAACACCUGCUCCGGUUAUUACUGAAACUUAUGAGAAACGCUAG